AUGGGACAUCACAACCUUCGCUUUGAUGGCGAUCCUCACGCUCUGAGUGGAGCCUGGAGUCCCCCAACCAGCAGGGCAAAUUUCUGUGAAGAGGACUAUGCUAUCUCUUUCUAUCUUGCCGAGUUUGUUAAUGCCUUGACCAACGUUACAUAUGUAUACUUCGCUCUUAGAUCUAUGUAUGGCAAACGCAGUCGUGGACUGUUUGCCCCGGAUUGGGAUUUCAUGUCUGUGUCUCUCUUGGUACUUGGCUUCGGAUCUUUCCUCUUCCACGCCACUCUUCGCCAAACUCUUGAGUUCGUCGAUGAGCUAUCGAUGCUGUUGCUAUCUUGGUCGAUGCUUCGUGCCCUCCUUAUCCUGCGACAAUCUCCUCAGAAUGUUCGCCUGAUCUCCAUCAUCUUGGCUGUAUUCUUCAUCUCGUUCUCAGUCUUUUACAUCAAAUCUGCAAAGAUCAUCUACCAGGUUAUUGGCUUCUGGGUCUCGCUCAUCCUCAUCGGCGUACGGGUUAGAUACCUGUUCAACUGGGACAAGCCUGGUUUCUCCGAAGAGAAUGUCCGCAAGUGGUCUAUGCGGGUAUGGACUGCAACAUUCACCUGCUUGUUUGGAUACCUCAUCUGGAAUAUUGAUCUUGAGUUCUGCGCCGAGUUGAGGAACCUUCGUCAGCGUAUUGGACUACCCUGGGCUUGGCUUUUUGAGUUCCACGGCUGGUGGCAUAUUAUAACGGCUCUUGGCGCGAGCCUAUUCAUGAACGUUGUGAGAGAUGUGCGCGAAGAGGUGAACCGGGAGGAAAUGCGCCGAGCCAAGAAAGCGUAA